AUGGAUGGAGCCAACCACUCUGUGGUAUCUGAGUUUGUAUUCCUUGGACUCUCCAAUUCAUGGGGGAUCCAGCUUCUUCUUUUCCUCUUUUCCUCUGUGUUCUACAUGGCAAGUUUGGUGGGAAACCUCCUCAUUGUGUUCUCUGUGACCUCUGACUCUAACUUACACUCCCCCAUGUACUUCCUGCUGGCCAACCUCUCCUUUCUUGACCUUGGAGUUUGCUCUAUUGCAGCCCCCAAAAUGAUUUAUGACCUUUUUAGAAAACGCAAAGCCAUCUCUUUCAGGGGUUGUGUAACUCAGAUCUUUUUUAUCCAUGCUAUUGGGGGCACAGAAAUGGUGCUGCUCAUAGCCAUGGCCUUUGACAGAUAUGUGGCCAUAUGUAAGCCUCUCCACUACUUGACCAUCAUGCACCCACGAAUGUGCAUUUUAAUUUUGGCAGCUGCCUGGAUCCUUGGCCUCAUCCACUCAGUGGCCCAAUUGGCUUUUGUCAUAGACUUGCCCUUCUGUGGCCCUAAUGUAUUGGACAGCUUUUACUGUGAUCUUCCUCAGCUCAUUAAACUUGCCUGCACAGAGACCAACAGACUGGAGUUCAUGGUCACAGCCAACAGUGGACUCAUCUCUGUGGGAUCCUUCUUCAUGCUGAUUAUUUCUUACAUCUUCAUUCUGGUCACUGUUUGGAAACACUCCUCAUCUGGUUUAUCCAAAGCCCUCUCUACUUUGUCAGCUCAUGUCACUGUGGUGGUUUUAUUCUUUGGGCCAUUAAUCUUCUUCUACACCUGGCCCUUCCCCUCAUCACACUUGGACAAAUUCCUUGCUAUCUUUGAUGCAGUUCUCACUCCUUUUCUGAAUCCAGUUAUCUAUACAUUUAGGAACAAGGAGAUGAAGGCAGCAAUGAAGAAACUUUGCCAUCAGCUUGUGAGUCAUAGGAAGAUAUCCUGA